GGUUGAGGUUGAAGAUUGGAAGGUGUUGAAGUGAGUUUUUUUUGUCGAAGGAUAAAAUUUAGGGCAACAAAAACUGAUGAGAACAUUUAUCUCGUUAAAUUGAAUUGAUUUAUAUUUCGCACACAAAAAAUAGACCUUUAAAAAACUGUCGAACUAUUUGAAAUUUUGCUGUCGUGAUGGUUUUCCUACGAACGAUGCUGAACACCGCCAGACGCAUACCGAUGAUUAAAUUUAGAAAAGGAGGCCCCUAUUUAGAUAAUACUAGCCCUGGACAUCAAUCAGCUGGUGCCGCCGGAACAUCGGGUAGUGUGGCAACGAAAUCGGCUUCGUCCGGUGAGGCGAUUGAAGAGUGGCAAUUACCUGCCCGUUAUCAUCGAAAGCCCAUAGACGAUGUGGAAAUGGCGUGGAUUAAUAAUGGAGGACCUCCGGCUUGAAAUGUAUACAUAUUCUGAAUCAUCAAGAGGGAGUACUUCCUAGUCACACAGGGUCAUAUACCCAAUCAUUAUUCUCAUUAUUGUACUAUUGACAGCAUUUCUCAUCGAUGCGAGCGUGCGAGCGAUGUUUGUUUUCGAAUGCAGCAAACUUGCUUGUUUAUGCUUGUCGCGCUGAAUCCACUUUAGGAGAAACAUUUUUGUAUGCUGAAUUUCUGAGCUUUGUACCAACAAAAAACGAAAUAUCAACAAAGGUGCUUAAAAUUAAAUAAAGUUAAUACUAGACCAAAUACGUUACAUGUUCUGUAGAUAAAGUAGAAGCAGUUUACAAAAAGACUAUUAUAUUACAAGCGUACUAC